AUUUUUUAAAUUUGUCAAUAUUUACUAAACAUCUAAAAUUUAUUUUAGAUAUUUUCCGAAUUUAUGUGUAGAUUUAUUUAAUAGCACUUGUAAACGUCUGGUUUCUGGUGUAUUAAAUCUUUUUCUGCUAUGUAAUACCAAAUUAGCACGAUUUGUAGACUAUAUAACAUUUAUUAUUGCAGUUUAUUAUUUUAAAGGGCGAAAUUAUUAAAAGUGUAACAAUUUCUGGAAGUUAAGUUCAAAUUUUAUAGUUGGAGUAGAAUAUAGAAAUGACACAAAAUUUAAAUUCGGACAACCAAAAUAAUCAAAAAAAUAAUAAAAACGAAACUAACCAAAAUUCUGUCCCCGAAGAGGAUUUAGAACAGAAGGAAAGACGUUAUCUAAACCGUCUCCUGGUUGAAGAUGCUCUCAAUGACGACAACUCCGUCGUGGCGCUUAACCCUAGGAGGAUCGAGGAGUUAGGCCUGUUCAGAGGUGACACGAUAUUACUAAGGGGUAAAAAGAGGCGUUCGACCGUCUGUAUAGUUCUGGCUGACAACGACCUCGACGAGACAAAGGCGCGGAUGAACAAGAUCGUCAGGAAGAAUCUGAGAGUUAUGCUAGGAGACUUUGUCAGAGUUUCACCCUGUCCAGACGUCCCCUACGGAAAGAAGAUACAAGUGCUCCCAAUAGACGACACCGUUGAGGGUCUCUCAAAGGAGUCUCUGUUCAAUGUGUACCUUAAGCCUUACUUUUUAGAGAGUUACAGACCCGUGAAGAAGGGUGACUUGUUUCUAGUCCGAGGCGCCUUCAAGGCGGUAGAGUUCAAGGUAGUAGAGGUUGACCCGGGCGAAUACUGCAUAGUUGCUCCGGAUACUAUUAUUUUCCACGAAGGUGAUCCCAUAAAACGCGAGGACGAGGAGAAGCUCGACGAUGUAGGCUACGACGAUAUUGGAGGAUGCAGGAGACAAAUGGCACAAAUUAGGGAAAUGAUUGAACUGCCACUAAGACACCCUGGACUUUUCAAAACACUAGGAGUUAAACCACCCAGAGGAGUACUACUCUACGGACCUCCAGGUAGUGGUAAGACGUUGAUUGCGCGAGCUGUUGCUAAUGAGACUGGCGCAUUUUUCUUUUUAAUUAACGGUCCGGAGGUAAUGAGUAAGAUGGCCGGAGAGGCUGAGAGUAACCUGCGUAGAGCAUUUGCAGAGGCUGAGAAGAACGCGCCGUCAAUCAUAUUCAUUGACGAGAUCGACUCAAUAGCGCCGAAAAGAGAGAAAACAAACGGCGAAGUUGAACGCAGAGUUGUUUCUCAACUACUAACACUCAUGGACGGAUUAAAAGGCAGAGGACAAGUGGUCGUCAUUGCUGCAACUAACCGCCAAAACUCAAUUGACCCAGCACUUAGAAGAUUCGGACGCUUCGACAAGGAAAUUGAUAUAGGAGUACCUGAUGACCAGGGCCGCUUGGAGAUUUUAAAGAUCCACACAAGGAACAUGAAACUCGACCCCCAAGUCAAAUUAGAAGAACUAGCCGCAAACUCUCACGGUUUUGUUGGAGCGGAUUUGGCUCAGUUAUGUACUGAGAGUGCGUUGAGUUGUAUUAGGGAGAAGAUGGGCGUGAUUGACUUGGAGGAUGACACGAUAGACUCGAGCAUUUUGGACUCUUUGGCGGUUACUCAGGAGCACUUCAACAACGCAAUGAACACGUGUAACCCGUCGUCACUCCGUGAAACCGUUGUCGAGAUCCCAAAUGUUAAGUGGGACGACAUUGGAGGCCUGGAACAAGUUAAAGCCAGCCUCAGGGAAAUGAUCCUUUACCCAAUUGAACACCCAGAAAAAUUUGAAAAGUUCGGAAUGUCACCCUCCAGGGGAGUUUUAUUCUACGGACCUCCAGGAUGUGGUAAGACGCUCUUGGCUAAAGCCGUCGCCUCAGAAUGCAGCGCCAACUUCAUCUCCGUCAAAGGUCCUGAAUUGUUGACGAUGUGGUUUGGCGAGUCUGAGGCGAAUGUGAGGGAGGUGUUUGAUAAGGCGAGGACGAGUGCUCCGUGUGUGUUAUUCUUUGAUGAGCUGGACUCGAUUGGCACGUCGAGGGGAAACAAUGUUGGAGACGCGGGCGGAGCAGGAGACAGGGUAAUGAACCAGCUUCUGACUGAAAUUGACGGCGUGGGAGCCAAGAAGAACAUCUUCUUCAUUGGGGCAACGAAUAGGCCGAAUUUGCUGGAUGAGGCGUUGUUGAGGCCGGGAAGGCUGGACCAGCUGAUAUACAUACCGUUGCCGGAUUUACCAGCGAGAGUGAGCAUCCUGAACGCAAUUUUGAAGAAGUCGCCAGUGGCAGAUAAUGUCCCGAUUUCAUACCUGGCGCAGAAGACCAACGGGUUCUCAGGCGCAGACUUGGCUGAAAUGUGUCAAAUUGCAGCAAGAGCGGCGAUAAGAGACGCCAUCAAGCAUGAGGAGAUGAUGAAUAACUCUAGUGACGCGAACGGAAUGCCAAAUGGAACUGAAUUUAAAUAUGAAAUUACCCGCAAACACUUCCAGGAAGGGCUCGCCAACGCUAGGCACAGCGUGACGUCCAGUGAUAUCACGAAAUACGACGCGUUCAGGACGAAAUUCGACCCGCUCUACAAGAACAGAAACUCGACAGGCCAAAACGACAUCGACAUCGACUGGCCGGAAAACGACGAGGUCAUCAUGGACCCAAUUGAAGAAGACGAUUUAUACUCGUGA